AUGGGUAUCUUCGGCGGCUCUUCUUCCCCUUCCACCGACUCCUCCAGCAAGGAAGUCAAGGAGGCCCUCUUCAAGCAGGUCCAGGCCGAGUCCGCUAUGAGCAACGCCCGCACUCUGAUCUCCAACGUCAACGAACACUGCUUCGAAGCCUGCGUUCCCAAUCCCGGAACCUCCAUGUCCGCCGGCGAACAGGCCUGCCUGACCGACUGCAUGGAGAAGUACAUUGCCUUCUGGAACACCGUUAGCCGCACAUAUACCCGUCGCGUGGGCACCGAGCAGAAGAGGAUGCUUGCGCUGUGA